AUGGCCGAGGUGGAGGAUGAGGACGACAUUUUGCGGCCCAUCCCCGGCAUAUCGCUCAGCGACACUCCACCAGUUACUACGGCAGCUCGAUUUUGCAAGCAAGCCGCGACAAGAUCGCACGAUUCACGAGCGAUGGUGACGGCUGCCGCGAAGCCGAGCAGGCGGCUCCCCGUAGAAGAGGAGAGCACACAAGAGGAUGAAGACUUCGAGGCCGAUACCGAGCCCUACUUCGCACUUGACCCUGAAUCCCGUCCGCACGCGAAUCGCGAUGAACGCGGGUCGCAAGCCGCCACCCUCCCCUACUCCCAUGUGGAAGAAAAGGAGCCAAUCAUCUCCGCCUCGCGAGCCUCAAGAAUCGGGCACCUAGUGGCCGCCAAGGUGGUACCAUCAGGCCAUCUCGCAUCGCGAAUGAUGCGCGAGAAGGAGAACCGGCACGACUUCCCCAACUCGCCCGCUGUAGAGACGCAACCCUACGUGCUCGUGAAAGCCACGCCCACUCCCUCCCUUCCCCAUCGCAAGUUUGCAGCUGCGGCAGCCUUCAGCAUCGCCACCGGCGCUACGCGCAGCAGCAAGCCGGUCGCCGCCUCCUCCAGCUCGGCUUCAACCACGACCGGCGCUACCGUCAGACGGGGCUUGCGCCUGCUCGACUCGCCCUACAAGAAUGAAGCGAAGAGCACCAACGCUGUUCGGGCAACUGCGGCAUCCACUUCGUCUUCGUCGUCUUCAGCGUCGGUGCACCGACCGAAACCAACUCCUCCGAGCCACCAGCAGCCGCCUCUGGCCAGAGGUUCUCCGCAGCUCCACGCCCAUGACCACCAGGCGGCACCACCGGCUGGGCAGCAGCAUCACCUCCUGGCGCUGCCGUCGCCAGUUCCCUCGUCGCCCGGCUCACCAUCACGCCACUUCCGCCACUCGCCCGGCUCGCCGUCGCCGUUGCCGUCGCCGUCACUCAGCCCGACCUCGCCGUCGUCUCGCUCGCAGUCGCCCAGCAUCUCGCCCUCGGCCUCGCCAUCGCGCUGCGGCUUCCGCCUCUUUCCCUUCGGCGGCGUGGUGGACCACCAUCAUGACCACGGGCUCGAGCGAGAAAAAACAGAGAAUGCCGGAAACGCACGCAAGCGCAAGAGCGUGGACGGCGUGCCAACGUCCGCGGGCGAUGCCGUCAAGCGGGCCAUGCGACAACAACAAGACGAACCGAAAGAGGAGGGGAUGGAUCAAGACCUGAGCCACAUCUCCGUCUCCAUCUGCUCGCCUGCACCUGCGCCUUCGCCGACGCCGACGACGCUCUCGACUUCCUCUCUAUUACCCAGAGCGGGAGGAGCUGGGACUCCCUCCCUGCAGCAGCAGUUCACGUCGUUCCACUCGCCAUUCAUCUCACCCACGCAGCAGCUGGACUCGGCCCCGCCGUCGCCUCAGCCGGUCUCGCCCUUCGUUACCGAUCAUCACGACGCCACGAGAAAGCGCAGCCAUCUCGGGUCGUCGGCGCCCCAGACCUCGCCUUCGCCGGCAGAUUUGAUUCUUUCACAACCGGACCACGCGCCAGCGGCGGCGAAGAGGUCGCGCCUGGCGCUGGACACGAGGAAGCGGCUUGACUUCUCGCACGGCGCUUGCGAAGACCAUCACUCUGAGAGCGCAGUGGCGCAGUCGUCGUCGUCUUCGUCUUCUUCUGCGUCGAGGCGAGGUCAGCCGACCACGCCGACAAAGCAGUCGAGCAUCAGCCGCUUCCUGGUGGCCAAGAAGCCACAGCAGCAAGGCUCGGUGCUGGGUCAGAUGAAAGAAGACGGCGCCAGGCAGCCCGCAGCGAGCAGGAAGCCCGUUGGCGGUAACAGCGUGCCAGCGCCGAAGAAGAGUGUCGGCGACAACAAUAAGGGGAAGGCUCCUCCCGCCAUCGACCUGCUGGACGACACGAUCGAAGUGGAUGACGACUUCGAGAUCGCCAAGCCGCGUUCGUCGACGACGACCAAGAGCACAACUACAACGACCACGACCACCACUUCCACGUCAUCGUCGUCAUUGUCUUCCAGAAGCGCCCCGUCAUCGGCGGCGUUCAUCUCGAAGGCGAGCAAGGCGAAGGCAAGGAGCCCGGUCCAUGGGCCGGGCUGGAUCCGGCGGAUCGCCGACGAGCGCAAGCCCGCCGCGGGCGGCCGCGAGGCCAAGCGAGCGCGGCCGCCCGUUCCCUUCCUGGAUCGGUCGGCCAAGUCGCAGUCGUCGCCGCCGGAGCUGGUCAACGCGCGCAAGACGCACCGGGUGCGCCCGCCCGAUAGACGGGCCGAGACGCAGAUCGACCUCAUUGACGACGACAACCGCGACAGCGGCAGCGAGCGCGGCGAAAGCGAAGCGCAGGCUGGUGACGACGACGACGAGGAGGAGGAGGAGGACAUCGACUCGUCGUGGGACGAGGAGAAUUCGGCCGCCCUGUUCCUCGAGAAGGAUCUGAUAGGCGAUCGCCGCAUCAAGAACCGGGUCAAGAAGUCAAUGAAGGAGCUGAAGCCUCUGCCGCCGCGGAACUCGUCGUCGUCCUCCCUGUCGGCCGCGAGAAAGUUCCAGACCUCCAAGUCGAUGAGCGACAUCAUCACCAGCACCACUGCCCAGGCCACCGCCGGUGCCGCUGCCGGUCGGUCGUACGGCGUCAUGUCGUCGUCGGCCUCGUCAGCGAGCCUCUUCUCCACCUUCUCCCGCCCCACAUCGCUCAUCACCACGGGCAAGCGCAAGUCCGCGUCCGAGGACAGUCAAAGUGGUGGCGAGACGGCCUCGGACGAAGGCGUGAUCGGCGACCUGUACACGUCGAUCCAGGUCAACGCCGACCUGGACGCCGAGGCGGACCAGCCCGCGCUGCUCAAGGUCUCCCUGCUCAAGUACCAGCGGCAGGGCCUGGCGUGGAUGGCCGACAAGGAGGACGACCGCCGCGCGGCCAAGGGCGGCAUCCUGGCCGAUGCCAUGGGCCUCGGCAAGACCAUCCAAAUGCUGUCGCUGAUUCUGCACAAUGCGGCCAAGCCCGGUGCGGCGUGCAAGACCACCCUCAUCGUGUGUCCGCUGUCGAUGCUCGACCAGUGGCUUGACGAGAUCCGCAAUCGAGUCAAGGGCAGCCAGCUCCAGGUGAACGUGUACUACGGAAACAGCCGCAUCAAGGACGCCAGCUGGCUCAAGAAGUGUGAUGUUGUUUUGACCACCUACGGCACGCUCGCAGCCGAGUUCGUCACGCGGGGUAAGGGCAAAAACGCGCGUGCGUCCUUGUCGCGUCCGCUGGGCUGCCUGGAGAGCGUGCCCUGGUAUCGAAUUGUGCUGGACGAAGCCCACCUGAUCAAGAACGCGGGCACGCGCACCUGCAAGGCCGUGUGCUCGAUGCAGGCCGACAGACGGUGGUGCCUCACCGGCACGCCUAUCCAGAACAGCCUCGAAGAUGUGUACAGUCUGCUCCAUUUCCUUCGGGUGGAGAAUUUCAACGACCCCUGGUGGUGGAACCUCAUGAUCAUUAAGCCCAUCCGUCGCAACGACUCGACUGGAUUCGUGCGAUUGCAAAACGUGCUGCAAACGGUCCUUCUGCGGCGAACGCGAGAGCACAAGAUAGACGGCCAACCCAUCGUGUCGCUGCCUCCCUGCAAGAUCGUGCAGAAGGAAAUCGAGUUCUCGCCGAUGGAGCGGCAGUUCUAUGACACCCUCUUCAAGAACGCGCAGUCCGUGUUCAACGACUAUCUGGAAAACGGCACUGUGCUCAAUCACUAUGUACACAUAUUGGAACUGCUGCUGCGCUUGCGACAGUGCUGCAACCACUACUUCAUCGUGCUGAUGUGCCUCACGAUGCCGGCCCUGCGCACCAAGCGACCAACGCUGGAGGGGCUCAAGGACGAGUAUCGUCGAAUCAUGCGCCUGCUCGAGCUCAAGAAGGCCGGCAAGCAAAACAGCCAAGACGACGGGCACGCGGAGGAGGAGAGCACUCAACCCCUGGACGACGCUGGCGAUGUUGCCGGUGAUGCUGACGAUGAUGGCGGUAUGCAUACGCCAACGCGGAAGCGGCAAUCGUCGUCGGGGACGGCCGCCACGGUCAGUCUCACGCCUACACGACGGAACGGGGCGUUUGACCUGCCCGUGCCGCUGCUUGCCGAUAUGCUCACGCCAGCGGGGGCCACUCGUCGCGCCGGCGGCAGCUCGGCAGCAGCCGGCGACGCGCCCGACGGGCAAGCGCAGAUCUGUCCUAUCUGUUUCAACGGGCUCGAGGACAAUGUGGCGGUGGCGCCUUGCGGGCAUCAGUUCUGCCGCGAGUGUAUUGACGACUACUGGGAGAACGAGUACGCGGGCGAAAACUUGGGCCAAUGCCCCGUGCAGAGCUGCCGACACCGGUUCUCCAUCAACAAGCUGCAGGCCGUCGUGGCCAACGGAGGUUCUACCGACUCCUCGACACGCCGCAGGCUCGACGCCCAACAGCGGUCGACGUCGACGCGAAGCAGCGGCGCCGCGAAGGCCAAGGCGACGGCGGCGAAGGCGAAAGCGAAGACGAAGCGGCGCCAGGGCAUGGAACUCGAGUUCGCCGGGCUCGGGCGGACCAAGACCGAGAGCCAGGAAUGCGAAAUAGGCAGCGGCGGAGGUGAUGCCGACGAAGGGAGCGCUUACGAUGACGAGAGCGAGGAGGCGUCCGUCGCAAACACGGUGGACGGCAGCGACAUCGGGCACACGUUCAUGCAGAGCUCCAAGGUGAGCGCGCUCAUGGAGGAGGUGCGGCGGAUGCGCCAGGAGGACCCCACCAGCAAGUGUCUGAUCUUCAGCCAGUUCACCAUGUGUCUCGACCUCAUCGAGCUGUCGCUCCACACCGAGAACGUUGACUACACGCGGCUCGACGGGAGCAUGACCAAGGCGCAGCGUGUGUCGGAGAUCGCACGGUUCAAGGCCGACUCGAGCGUGGCCGUGUUCCUGAUCUCGCUGAAGACUGGCAACUGCGGCCUCAACCUCACCCACGCCUCACAUAUCUUCCUCAUGGACCCCUGGUGGAAUCCGUCGGCGGAGCAGCAGGCCAUCGACCGAGCGCACCGUCUCGGACAGGAAAGGCCGGUCACGGUCAUCCGCUUCAUCAUCAGGGACUCGAUCGAGGAGCGCAUCCUCGACCUCCAGGACAAGAAGCGCAAGAUCGCCCAGGGCGCCUUCGCCGGCGGUGCGUCGGACGUGGGCCAGCAGUCGCGCGGCCUCGCCCUCAGCGAACUGCGACAACUCUUCGAGCCGUAG